AGCUUGAAAUGGAGUAUGUUAUCUCUUAUAAAUUUUCUUCAUAUUCUCAUUUGUAGGCUCUUGGGUAAUUGUUUAAAAUACUUUAUAAGACAAUGUCAUGGUGUUCAGAAUCAGAGAUUUUUGCCAACUUCAUUAAGUUUAAUCCAUAUAAAGAUAAAGUGUUUAAACAUCCGCUUUCAUUUCGAUGCAUUUCACAAGAAAACUGCCAUAACGAAACAGCGCAGGAAUGUGCGGAUUAACACAAUAAAUACAGCACCAAUCGAAUGUUAAAAUACCACUGUUUUAUUAUUUUGGCGUACAUUAUACAUCUUGUGAAAUGGUACAAACACUAUUUACGAAAAUUGUUUCGAAGAUCCAGAAUUAAAUCGUCGAACUUUCUUAAAUUUUGCCGUGAAUUUUGUGCGUGUUACAGCCUAAAGGUCAUAAAAGACAUGUCGCGUUGAUCCAAAUGAACAAUAAAUAACGCCAUUUCCGUUACAUUUUCCGCAACUUCGAUAGGAAAUUUAUUAAGAAACACCCAAACCAUGGUAUAUAAGCAAAUAACAACUGAUAAAAAUCAUUUGUCAAUGGUGUUGUGUAAAGCAAAAGUUAUCAACUAAACACAUCUCAAUAAAGGUCCACACAAAGACAACACCUACACAAUGAAGUUACGUGAAUAACAGCGUGUAAAAUAAUCGAACGGCGAUACGUUGCAGAGAAGAAUCGAGAUGCUUCGAACGAAAUUUCCAACAUCCAGCCUUUAACAGGGAGGAAUGAUCAUUUAAGGAACGUUCUUUGAAGAUUGUUAUUCACUUUAAGAAUAAUCAAUUUGAAGGAAAGAGUUCAGAUUAUGUACAGUGCAUAAAUAACUCGGCGGGAUGGCAAUGGAUAACGAGAACAUAACGGGGCUUGGAAAUGAAACUGGGUCCCAUGGCGAUCCUGAUCUUACCCCAUACCUAUUGGGUCUUUUCAUUGCGUUCUCCUCGGUCAUUCUAAACGGCUUUCUUCUCCUCGUUUUGGCUAGGGAGCGCAAAUCUUUUCUGCACAUGCGCGUCACGUACUACAUUAUCAAUUUGGGUGUCGCAGAUUUGCUCACGGGCGCUCUCAUAUUUUUUCUCGUUAUGACACGAGUAUUUUAUAUUGACGUGUCACCUUUCUUCGAAACCAUCAUGGUGAUUUUGAACUGGACAACACUGCAGUGUUCGUUUUACACGCUACUUAUGAUGUCGUUCGAUCGACUGGUCCUCGUGCUGUACUCGCUCAGCUGGUCCCGUAUUCUUACCAUACCGCGUACAGUCUCGAGUAUCGUGGCCUGCUGGCUCGUCUCCAUCGUCGGAGGCAUCUGCAUGUAUUUCUAUUCAGUCGAGACUCGGUUAGCGAUCCUCGGCUUCGUCGAAGUAUCAAUCCUUAUUUUCGUAUGCAACACUUUGUUCAUCUAUCCAGUGUUAAAGAAACGCGAGAAAGCUCGUUGCGUGACGACCGUCAGUCAGACGCAAUCGGACGUAUCAAUACAGAUAAGGCGAGUCUCUAAUCCGAUACGUUACGAUCACAUGUCGAGAGUCGUGAUCACGUUGAUCGUCCUACUCAUCGUUACGCAGUUGCCUUUCAUCAUUUGCAUGCAACUGAAGCUGGUUCAUGAACUGUCUGGGUGUAGAUACGCACAGAUUGUCCUCACUGAUUCCUUCGAAAAGGCAUUUACGUACACACAAGCCUUCGCCGGCUUGAACUUUGCCAUCAACCCUAUUAUUUAUGGCUGGAGAGUAAAGAAAUAUCGUGAGGCGUUUUCCAAUACACUUUGCUGAAUUCUACUCGAGGUCUUGCCUAAAUAGCGAUACAUUUUCUUACAAAAAACAUGAUUGAGAGUAGACAUUUUCUUAGCGAUCAUCAAUCUUGCAUGGUGACGCAAUCACGGUGAACUUCACCCUAGAACAUCGCCGACUUCGAUGCUUUCGUGACAUUAAUGGCUUUCUUGGAAAAUUUUCGAGUUUUUACAAAUACAACCUGGUCUCUGAUUGAGAGUAGACCAUUGACGGACUCGAUUUUGGCAACUAUUCUACAGCUUGUGAUAUUUAAAGUGGGUGGUGACAUAAUCAGACAUUGAAUCAGGAUGGUGCAGCAGUAAGAGCAAGACGACUAUAAUAAAACAGUUCGAUAGACCGUAUAAAUUGCGCCACCUGAUUUUUCGGCUGACACCAGAGCCAGCAACACGUAAUUCAUGUGAAAUGUGCAGAGCCAAAUAAUAAUUUAAAUUUAUAGAAAAACAACUUGAAACUCUUGUGCUCUUAUCACAACUAAAACAACUAGAUGUAUAUAUGUUGAAUGAAAGCCAUUGCGAUUGUGAAAACGAAUUGUAAAUAUAAGGUUAAGUAGUGGGAAUGUAAUUAAAAAAAAAGAAUGA